AUUUUUUCAUUUCCGAUCUCCAAUCUCAACCAUCUCUGGAUUUCCUUUCAGCAACUUUCGGACAUUGAAUUGUUUGUUUGUCUAUGUGUCUGUGUGAUGUCUUCUUACAGCAAUUCAAACCACACUUCUUCAUCCACGGCCGUGAACUCGCCGGAGCUUAAACUAUACCAAGCUUUCAUCUUCUCUGUCCCAAUCUGCUUCACUUUCAUCAUCCUCUUCGUCUUCUACGUCAUCUACCUCCGUCGCGGCAGCGCCGAUUUGUCUUCCCUCGGAAUGCGAACUACCUUCCUUCCAGGAAACUCCAUCUCCACGGCUGAGUUAGGGUUAAGCAAAGAGCUGAGAGAGAUGCUCCCCGUUGUAGUCUAUAAAGAGAGCUUCUUCGUAAAGGAUUCACAAUGUUCAGUGUGCCUUGGUGACUAUCAAGCAGAUGACAAGCUUCAACAGAUCCCGGCAUGUGGACAUACUUUUCACAUGGACUGCAUUGAUCUUUGGCUCACUUCACAUACCACUUGCCCUCUCUGCCGUCUCACUCUUAUCCCUACCCAAUCCCAUCAUACCCAAGAAGAAGAUCCUCCUGUUCCAAGUCUCUCGAGCCCUGAUGGAGGAGUAUCAAGUCAGCCUGAGACGCAGGUAGAAGAUCGCGCAAAUAAUGGCCAAUGUGAUCCAAUUGGGAGUGAUAGAGAUGCAGAUAACUCUAAAGAAACGCAAGAGGAAGAAGGAAACAGCAUAGGGGCAUCAAGUGGUUCUUGUAAUUGUAGACUUGGUUAAUGAUUUACAGCUUGUGCUUAGUCCUUUCAUGUAACUAUAAAUUUGUAACUUGUAACAUUAGUGCAUUAGAGCUUGAUUCAUAGAAGAAGCGGACACUUUGGUCCGAUGGAUGAUUGGGACUGAAUCAAAACAUUUGAAAAAUGACCUCUCUUUCCA